CAUGUCGUCCGCCAGGUUCGACUCGGCGGACCGCUCGGCCUGGUACCUGGGCCCCGUGUCGCGCCAGGAGGCGCAGAACCGGCUGCAGGGCCAGCGCCACGGCGUGUUCCUGGUGCGCGACUCGUCCACCUGCCCCGGCGACUACGUGCUGUCGGUGUCGGAGAACUCGCGCGUGUCGCACUACAUCAUCAACUCGCUGCCCAACCGCCGCUUCAAGAUCGGCGACCAGGAGUUCGAGCACCUGCCCGCGCUGCUCGAGUUCUACAAGAUCCACUACCUGGACACCACCACGCUCAUCGAGCCGGCGCCCAGGUAUCCAAGUCCACCAAUGGGAUCUGUAUCAGCACCCAACAUGCCUUCAGCAGAAGACAGUUUGGAAUAUGUACGGACUCUCUAUGAUUUCCUUGGCAAUGAUGCUGAAGACCUACCCUUUAAAAAGGGUGAGAUCUUGGUGAUAAUAGAGAAACCUGAAGAACAGUGGUGGAGUGCUCGAAACAAGGAUGGCCGUGUUGGGAUGAUUCCUGUCCCUUAUGUGGAAAAGCUUGUGAGAUCAUCACCACAUGGAAAGCAUGGGAAUAGGAAUUCCAACAGUUACGGGAUCCCAGAGCCUGCUCAUGCAUAUGCUCAACCUCAGACCACAACUCCUCUACCUACGGUUUCCAAUACUCCUGGGGCCGCAAUCAAUCCCUUGCCUUCCACCCAGAAUGGACCUGUCUUUGCAAAAGCAAUUCAAAAAAGAGUACCCUGUGCUUAUGAUAAGACCGCCUUGGCAUUGGAGGUUGGUGACAUUGUGAAAGUUACAAGGAUGAAUAUAAAUGGCCAAUGGGAAGGCGAAGUGAAUGGGCGGAAAGGGCUUUUCCCCUUUACACAUGUUAAAAUCUUUGACCCUCAAAACCCAGAGGAAAAUGAGUGAUUAUUAUCGCCCUGUUUCCUGCUGCUUCUUUGUUCUGCUUGUCAUAGUCUCCUUUGAAGUGGGAAAGCAUCCUCUCAAAGGCAGGCGAUACUGCAUUGCCAAUGUCCAGCUUUCUGCAGACUGGCAGUUUCAUACACAUUUGGAAUGCACACAGUGACUGCCUCUGAUGUAUCAUAGUCGUAUUGUCAAAAAACAGCCAGUUGUAGAAUUCUUUGUUUCAUAAACUGGAAAUGCUGGUGGAAGCACACAAGUGAAGAGAAGUUGACAAGGAAUGGAUCUUUUCUUGUCAUCACUACUCUAUUAGUGUUGUGAUCGAUUCUGUCAUGAUCAUCAAAGAACCCUUGAGGCCAUGGCAAGACACUGCAUUGGUGUUCCACAAAACAAAGACCCAGCCACCAUUUUGUUCUCCCUUUGAAUAACAAGUGAACCUUACACAGGGAAUUCUGUGGUCCAAAAUUCCCUGGAUCUGAUGCCCUGAUCUGAAUUUCUUUCCUCCUUUUCAUUUGGUUUUGGAAGAUGUAAUUAAUUAGACUUGAGCAUUCUAAAUAGUUUUGUUUUUACAUAGUAUGUUGGACUUCUGUGAUAUUACAAGGAGCAACCUGUGCCUCUGGACAUCUAACCUAUAGCUGCUGUAACAUGAGGAAUAUGAAAAACAAUCCUGAAGCAGAGGCCUUUAUUCUCUUAGUUGCUGGUCUUACCUUGUUUUGCCAUGUUGCAAACAACACAAAACUCAGCAGAGCUGGAAUCCAGUCUGUAUGCUUAGUCUCUUAGAUUACAUUUUCCCUCGAGCAUCAUUGGUGUGUGUAUGGGGUGAUUUGGGGAGUCUUUGCUUACCUUGUUUGUUAAUGGCAGGGAGUAUUUGGCCAGUUUCCUAUUUAUCAUGUUAGUAAAUGCACCCUUUUAAAGUAAUAGAAUUUCUUUUAAAAGUCAGUUAAAAACAUUUUUUAAUUCAUUAAUAAAUGUUCCGCUUCAUUAAAACCCA